CUGCAGUGUGUCAGGUCUGACAAGUCGCGCCGUCCUGCAACGUUUGCCCUGUGGCAUCCUCAGACCUGUGGCAUCCACUGAAGGAAGUUAGAAACUUCUGAGCCCCAGACCCACGGUGUGCCCUGCAACCGGUGAGGGGACUUCUCCAUCCUGGCUGCCUGCCGUCACCUGGGUGCGUCGCGUAGAGGAUGCAGGGGAUGCAAACAAGAAUUGCCUGUUGGUUCCUGAUGUCCUUUACCCUAUUGACACAGUUUAUGAUGGCAUCCAAAGUUGAAAAGACUCACGCUUUACCACCGUGCUAUAGCACAGAAUCCCUCAUUUCCAGCCUUGGUCUGGGGAUCUUCUGCCUAGUCGCCGACAGACUCCUUCGGUUUUCCAUAAUUCAGCAAAAUGACUGGCUUCGCGCCCUCUCAGAUAACAUGGUACAUGGAGUGAUUGGCAUGUGGUCGUGGGCAGUAGUCAUUGGAAUCAGGAAGAAAUCUGACUUUGCAGAAGUUCUCUUAGCUGGAUUUUUAGCGUCUGUUAUCGAUGUCGACCAUUUUUUCAUGGCUAGAUCUCUCUCUUUACAGGCCGCUUUAACUCUUCCGAGAAGACCUUUCCUUCACUGUUCCACUGUGAUACCCAUCACGGUUCUGAGUGUGAAGCUCGCCAUGCACUUGUUCAAGCUCAGGGACUCGUGGCGCUUUCUCCCGUGGAUGAUAUUCAUUUCCUGGACCUCACACCAUAUCCGCGAUGGAAUCCGGCACGGCCUGUGGAUAUGCCCAUUUGGGAAAACUCCUCCUUUGCCCUUCUGGCUUUAUGUAAUAAGCACGUUGUCCCUGCCACACACGUGCUCAUUCCUGAUGUAUUUAACAGGGACCAGAGAAACGAUGUCUUCAAAACACGAAAUGCGUAUCGAUGUCUGA